UUGACCCACAACAAGUCACGCCGCUGCACCAACUAGUUUAGGAGAGAGAGCUCUCCGUCGCCGGCACACAGCCAAUUUCCACUCCGCAAGUUAUAAUCGACGACUACUGACUAGAUUCGUUUUUUGGCCGUUUGUUUUUAAUUGUCCACAGGACCACAACAAGAAACGAAUCAAAUAAUCAGCAGCGGCAAAAAGUCAGUCUCAGAUGGCUAUCGAAUGUCUAGUUCUCGGCGCAGGACAAGAAGUUGGGAAGAGCUGCGUGGUGGUGUCGAUGAACGGGAAGCGCAUUAUGUUCGAUUGCGGGAUGCACAUGGGGUACGAUGAUCACCGGCGCUACCCCGACUUUUCUCGCAUCUCCAAGUCAGGAGAUUUUGACAAUGCCCUCACUUGCAUCAUCAUCACUCACUUUCACUUGGAUCAUAUUGGGGCGCUUCCCUACUUCACCGAAGUUUGCGGCUACCGUGGGCCUAUAUAUAUGACGUAUCCAACGAAGGCAUUGGCCCCUCUGAUGUUAGAGGAUUAUCGUAAAGUAAUGGUUGACCGAAGAGGUGAGGAAGAGCAAUUCAGUUCUGAUCACAUUGCAGAAUGCAUGAAAAAAGUUAUCCCUGUGGAUCUGAAGCAGACUGUUCUUGUUGAUAAAGAUCUUCAAAUUCGUGGCUACUAUGCGGGACAUGUACUUGGAGCUGCAAUGUUUUAUGCCAAGGUAGGAGACAGUGCUAUGGUGUACACUGGGGAUUACAACAUGACUCCAGACAGACAUCUUGGAGCUGCUCAAAUUGAUCGACUAAAUCUAGACCUUCUUAUAACAGAGUCUACGUAUGCAACAACUAUACGCGAUUCAAAAUAUGCUCGUGAAAGGGAGUUCCUCAAAUCUGUUCAUAAUUGUGUUGCUGGAGGAGGAAAGGUGCUUAUUCCCACAUUUGCUCUUGGAAGAGCUCAGGAAUUGUGUAUGUUGCUGGAUGAUUAUUGGGAGAGAAUGAAUCUAAAGGUUCCUAUUUACUUUUCAGCAGGUUUGACCAUCCAAGCUAAUAUGUAUUAUAAAAUUCUAAUUGGCUGGACCAGCCAGAAAGUCAAAGAGACAUAUGCCGCACGCAAUGCAUUCGAUUUCAAAAAUGUUUGUGAUUUUGACCGUUCUCUGAUAAAUGCUCCUGGACCUUGUGUUCUCUUUGCCACACCCGGGAUGAUCAGUGGGGGAUUUUCACUCGAGGUCUUUAAGCGGUGGGCUCCUUCUGAAAAGAAUCUUGUUACGUUGCCUGGGUAUUGUGUGGCUGGAACAAUUGGACAUAAACUGAUGUCAGGUAAACCCACCAAGAUUGAUUUGGAUAAGGACACUCAAAUUGAUGUGCGAUGCCAGGUUCAUCAGUUGUCUUUCAGUCCUCAUACGGACAGCAAAGGGAUCAUGGAUCUUGUCAAAUUUCUCCUUCCUAAGCACGUGAUUCUAGUACAUGGAGAGAAACCUAAGAUGGCCUCUCUUAAAGAAAAAAUUCAAUCUGAACUGGGAAUCCAAUGUUAUGAUCCUGCGAAUAAUGAUACCGUGCACAUUCCUUCAACUCAUCAUGUGAAAGCAGAUGCCUCAGAUCUGUUUAUUCAAAGUUGUUUGAAUCCAAAAUUCAAAUUUUCAAAAAGAAGUUUGGAAGAGACAGCUGGUAUGGGACUGGGAGAUUCUGGUAAAUCGAGACUGCAGGUGAGUGAUGAGAGAGUUACUGAAGGGAUCUUGGUUGUGGAGAAAACCAGUAAAGCAAUGGUUUUGCACCAAACUGAACUUCUGUUCAUGUUAGGAGACAAAAAGCAUGAGGUUCAGUUUGCUUAUUGUUGCCCUUUACACGUUCAGAAUAUUGAAAAGACUGGAAGGGCAAAUUUUACUUCAGCUAAUGAUGAGCUUUCAAUUUCCAAGAAAAGCUCUUGGCUCAGCAUAUUAUAUGUACAACUUUCUAGUGAACUCUGUGGAGGGAAUAUCCUGUUUUUCGGAGAGCAUCUCCAGGUAGAGUCAUUCCGAGUAUCUCUGUGUAACAACGAUGACUGCCCUCAUAGAAUGAAUGAUAAUGGUCAAAAUAAAUCCGAAACAGUAUACUUUUGCUGCAGUUGGUUGGUGACAGAUGAGAAGCUUGCCUGGAAAACCAUUUCAAUAAUGAGGAAUUUGGAUCUGAGUAGAGAUUUUCAAAACUCUAUUGCUAACUUGAUUAAUUCAUCUGUCAAUGAUUCAUGCUCAAGUCUCUUCUUCUCAUCUGCCAGAUUUAUUGUCACUUUAUGCAAGUACAUGUAUUCAUCAACCCUUGCUGCAUUGAAGUUGAUGAAUAAAAUUGAAGAUGAACUUUGGGUCUGGUCGGUCCCAAGUCUAACUUUGGGCCUGGUCAGUCUAGGGCCAGGCUUUGAGGCCCGAUCCGUCUCAGGACAAUCUUCGAGCCAGGUUGGGUUAUGGGCCCGGGACGAUCUUCAGGGUCAGGUCGGUCCCGGUGUGGGCUUUAGGGUAAGGUCAAUCUCGGGAUGGUCUUCGGGGUUGGGUCAGUCUAAGGAUGGUUUUCAGGGUCAAGUCGAUCCUUGGACAGUCACAGGGGCAGGGUCUAUCUCGGGACGGUCGAGAGGGUCGGGUCUGUCUUGGGACGAUCGUCGGGGCCAGGUCUAUCUCGGGACGAUCGUUGGGGCCGGGUCUAUCCCGAGAUGGUAUCAGGCUCACGUCCGUCUCGAGACGAUCUUAGGGGGAUGGUUGUCGGACCCGGGUCGGGCUUAUGGACCCGAGACGGUCUUCGGGUCAAAUCGAUCCCAAGACGGUCUUCAGGGUCAGGUCGAUCCCAGGUGGUCAUCGGGGUUUGGUCGAUCCCUGGAUGAUCUUUGGGGCCAGGUCAAGCUACGGGCCUGGACGGUCGUCGAGUCCAAUUCAAUUAUUAUGUCCGCCGAAGAUACUUCCGCCGCCGCUACUGCGGCAUCUGAUAUGCACGCGCCUCUCCUUCGUCCCCGCCAGGACCCUUCCUCUCCAUCUCCUACCCAUCCGGCUAGGUUGGCACUCCUUAUCGGCCGCGCUACUGGGCGCCGGGGCCCGUCCAUGCUGGUCCGUGAGACGGCAGCGCGUGAGCUCGAGGAGCGGAGGGUGGAUUGGGGCUACUCGAAGCCCGUUGUGGCCAUGGAUAUCCUUUGGAACUCCGCCUUUGUGGUGGUCUCCGUGGUUAUGCUUAUUAUGACGAUCCAUGAGCGGCCCAACACGCCGAUCCGACUUUGGAUCUGCGGGUACGCGCUCCAGUGCCUCGUUCACGUUGUUUUGGUGUGGAUGGAGUACCGGAGGAGGAACAGGAGAAGGGUCGAGGGCGAGGAGACGACCCAGGGGAUGCAGGACGAACUGGAGCCAAAUGGUAAUGAUAGUGAAGAUGAUGAUGCCACAAAUAGGAACUCCAGCCGAUCGAGUGUGAUGAAACGCUGUGAAUCAGUGAAUACAAUGGUAUCAUUUCUUUGGUGGAUAAUUGGCUUUUAUUGGGUAGUUUCUGGUGGAGAUAUCCUACUGCAAACAGCUCCACGCUUGUACUGGUUGGCUGUGGUCUUUCUGGCAUUUGAUGUGUUCUUUGCAAUCUUUUGUGUUGUUUUGGCAUGUUUGAUUGGGAUUGCUCUAUGUUGCUGCUUGCCAUGCAUUAUUGCCAUCCUUUAUGCUGUUGCUGGACAGGAAGGUGCGUCGGAAGCUGAUAUCUGUAUCCUUCCAAAAUAUAGAUUUCAAGCAUUAAACAAUGACAAGAAGUCUGGUGUCGGAGCAGGGAAAAUGAUUCCUGUAGAAACAAGUAGUGAAUACUUGGCAUAUGAACGCGUACUUUUCCCUGAGGAUGCGGAAUGUUGUAUAUGCCUUAGCACAUACGAGGAUGGCGUAGAGAUCCAUGCACUCCCUUGCAACCAUCAUUUCCAUUCUGCAUGCAUUGUUAAAUGGCUGAAGAUGAAUGCAACAUGCCCUCUCUGCAAGUACAACAUUCUCAAGGGAACUGAAGUAUGAACAAAUGGUGAGGGAAACCAUAAAUAGCCAGGUACAUCUACCAAGGCUGUGUCUGUCUGUAUGUACAGAAGAAAUCAGGCAGAAAGAAAGCGUUCUCUCCAAAUUCUUGGUAAUGUAUAGGUUACAGCAUGUAGUUAAUAGAGCUUCAUUUGUGCUUUUCCAGAGUUUUGGAAUUGUUUUGAUUCUUCUUGCCCUCUUUUUGAGUCGCUUCGGACAGUGCAAAAGGCAAUCAAGUUAACUUAUUUGAGGUUACAGGCUGCAUUUGUUCAUAGCGUAUCCGACCUCAUUUUUGUAUUUUUGCCUAUAUUUGCCUACUCAUGAUAUGUACUAUACUUGUGUUAUUAUGGUUGUAAGUUUACUGAAAUAGCUUUAUGUUUUGCUAUCAUAUAUUUUUCCAAUUUCUUCUC